AUUCUGCGCUGCGUAUUUUUGUCCUGUUUUACUCAUCGAGAAAAUCCAGCGGUGGACAUCAUGACGACAUCAUUCAUUUUGUGAAGUUCUGGUCACGUAUUACACGCGUCCACGCGACUGUGAAUGCUUAGUCAACCUGAAACCACCCGGAAGACAUUUAAAUGCAUAGUGGAGUUGGGUCCGUGAACCUUUAACACCUUUUUAAACGACUGUAGGAAAAUACCUUCGUUUUCGGAUUAACAGCUAAACCGGAAACUCCCACGACUUCAACCACCACAAUGUCUGUUUGGGGUGACCUGGACCUGCUCUUAGACUCCCCCUCCUCACUGACCGUCACAUCCAACACUAAAGGGACUGUGAAGGACAAGGCCAACUUCAAGGUGGAAGAGGAUGUGUCUGCAUUGAGGAAAGCCAUAGAGGGCCUUGGUACGACAGAAAAGACACUGAUCGAGGUGUUGACCCAAAGGAGUAAUGCUCAGCGUCAGCUCAUAGCUAAGGCCUAUGAGAAAGCCACAGGCAGGAAACUAAUCGCUGACCUGGAGGGCGACACCCACGGAGACUUUGAGGACGUGUUGGUUGCCUUGGUAACCCUUCCCGGCGUCUACGACUCCCAGGAAGUCAUCAGAGCCAUCAAGGGGGCGGGGACUACAGAGAGCACGCUGACAGAAAUCUUUGCCUCGAGAUCUAACAGCCAGAUCAAAGCCUUAUCCGAAGCAUACCUGGCAGAAACUGGAAAAUCUGUGGUUCAUGAUCUUCAGUCGGAGGUAGCUGGAGAUUAUGGCAAAGCACUGGUCAUCUUGGCCGAGGGGAAAAGAGACGAGAGCACCAAUGUGGAUGCUGCCAAAGCUAAAGCCGACGCUAAGGUCCUGUAUGAAGCGGGGGAGAAGAAGUGGGGAACCGACGAGGGGAAGUUUAUUGACAUCUUGUGCCACAGGAGCGUUCCCCAGCUGCGACAGACUCUGGUAGAGUACAAGAAUAUUAGUAAGAAGACUCUACAGGAGGCCAUCGAGAGCGAGAUGUCUGGAGACCUGGAGGACCUGCUGGUGGCUGUCGUUAAGUGUGUGAAGAAUGUUCCCGCAUACCUGGCUGAGCGGAUUUUCAAGAGCAUGAAGGGUGCGGGGACGGACGAGUCCACUCUGACCAGGAUCCUGGUGAGUCGCUCAGAGAUAGACCUGCUGGACAUCAGGGCGGAAUACAAGAAGCUGUUUGGAUACACCCUGUACUCCCAGUUGGAGGGUGAAGUGUCGGGCAGUUACGGGGACGUCCUCAAGCGUCUAUGUGGCCAAGACAACUAACGGCUUCCAGGGACGAGAAGUGAAGAAUUGAAGCAAAGCUGCACAGUAGCAUCAAACCCACAUAGUUUGGCACUAACCUUCUAGGAAUGCUUGUGAAUGUGAUAAUGUUCUACCGGACGUUAACGUGCAGACUGAUUAACACACACAUUUAAGAAGUGCACACAUCAAGAUGUGGUUGAAGGUAUCAACAGUUUAUAAUGUGACUAACUGUAAAAUCCACACUUGUAUUCAAGCACUAACCGUAACAGCAGAAUUUCACGUUUAUAAAAAUAAAAAUACUGUAUCCUACUA